UAAGGUCAGACCUGGGCAGACUCAGUAUGUCUACUCAGGCCUCAGGGCCGGGCGUCAGACAGUCUGCCCUAAACUGGCCUUCUGCAGGGCAAUAUCUCCAUAUUUUAUUCUCACUCUUGCUUUUCCGGAUAUUAGCCUCAUCGAAGCACUGGCAGCUCUAUCUUUAAGUUUGGACUUUAGACGGUCUUCUGCAGCCAAGUCUAUUGCUAAAGGUUGACGUCACCAAUGUACUCAUAACCAUCACAUGCUCGUGCAUAGAUCCUUAGGAAUUCAGGGAUCCUCAUCAUAUGGACAAAGUUCGGGAAUGGAUCAUCGGUAUACUGUCGUUCGAUGUCCAGCAUUUCCAGCUUAUAGGUCGUCGAUCCUGCGCAACGUUUUCUCUUGAAGAGUUGAAACGGCCAGCUCUAAUCCGCACGGUUCUCACGAGGUAAUUGCCUUUAGGUUCUAGGUAUCUCUUGCGCAGCUUAUCGGUGGUUCUCACUGCCUUACUUGGCUGACGGUAUGCCUAGAAGCAAAUGAUCUUGCGUGGGGACAUCGCUGUCCCCUUUGGCAUGCAGGCCAUCACUUGACAGGUCCUUGUAUUUGCCUCAUGUUCUAGCGUCAGUCUAGAGCGCAUAUCUGCACCCACAACUAUGGAAAAUGAACGUCAACCUUAUACACCGGCGCAGCAUGUCUUAUCCGCUGCGCCAGUCUCUUUCGCAUAUCUCCCCACUCUUCCUCACUACCCUCCUCAAACAACUAACCAUCUUCAACGCAACAACAUGGAUACCAUGCUGAACAUUAUCUCGCCAGUCCUGACCCCGACUCGUUAUCUUCCCUCACUUACCAUCCAGCCUGCUAAGAGUACUCGCUCACCAGGGAGCACAUAUCGGUUUCCUUCUCCAAGAAGUCCUUGGAAUCAAGCUGCUUCGGCUGUGCCUCCAGUGUCACCCGGGCCCUUCUCACCAAGAGUUGUUCGAUCCUUGUUGCCAGAGCAACUCUCGAUCUACGUCCGGGACCAUGUUCCUGUAACUAAUCCGCAUGAGGUUGGAUCUUGGAUCAAGCAGAAUAAAGUCUACGGAGAAACGUUGAUGAACAUGCCUAAGGAUGACCUACUCGCGUAUGUCUAUGAGAUCGCUUCAGGAUCUCGUAUAGAUUGGUGCUUAUAUAUUCCCUUCAGCAUGACCGGAAACAAUGUGGACCUUGUUGAUGAUCUGCUGCGUGUAGCCACCGUAAUUCGAGGAAAGUACAGAGAGAGUCCGAGACCGCUCCCCUCUAUAACACAGAUCGCACGCGCGCUGUCUAGUGCACAAUUACCCACCCCACCGUUAUCGACUAUCCCCGCAGAGGAUGCCUUUGAUUGGGACGUCGACGAUGUCAACGCAAAAGACACAAGUAGUGUCGCCGGGCCCCCCAAUGUUAACUCGCGGUCGACUGCGCUAGGUGGUCUGCAGCUCAUCCAUGAUGACAUGCGAACAUCUGAGCAACAGGAUUCUCUUGUAUCAGUAGACGACUCCGCAGGGACGUUGCCAAGUGGAACUGGUGUCUCAGCGUCUCUCAUUAACCUUGAAGAUUCUUCCGACGUGCAACCAAGCUCUGAAACGGCUCAAAGAGAUGCAAACCUGCUUUCUCCCGAACCUGAAUACGAUCAACAUGUCGAUCGCAGCAAUGAACGUAUAACACUCCCUCCUUUAGACACAUCGUCAUCAUCAACUCAUCCUUCGUUAUCACCUCCCCUUUCCGCCCUUCACUUUGACCACAUGCCUUUGUCUGACCCCGGAAACGUAGCACCCGCAUCUACCGCAACGACUCUCCACGAUACCGACUCGUCGAUUGCUUCUGCAAUACCUUUUUCACAGGGUAUCAAGUUACCUUCUCACCAGAAGGAGGCUGACUCUUUGAAGGACGAUGCGAACGGCAAUGCUCAGGAUCAGCAUAUGACGACUCCGUCUGCUCUUACAGGCAUGACUCUCCUCCAGCCGCUUCCUUUUGAUCACGGCGGUACAAAUGAAGAGCAUUCUGAUGUGGACGAGCCAGGUUGUGAUGAUGCUCAACAAUCGCCGCUCGAUUCUGGGACGACGACUCCGCGUGCGUCGAUGACCGUGACGGGGGAGGAGGAAGAUCCUCCACCAGUUGAUUCGACCAGCGUGGAUGGUGCAACAGAUCCUAAGGGAUCCAUCGAUGCUGUGCAGCAUACCGCUACACAGGAUGGACCUGCUUCGGAAUCAUCACUCACGCUGCAACAAAAGGGGUCCCUGGCGAAGGAGACUAUUACCUCGUCGACGCUGGCGUCAGACGCAGGAACUGCUGGCGUGCAGGCGCAGGAUGGCAACCAUACCACCAUAAUCUCAGAUAGCUCUGUCACGACUUCCACAUCUCCAACUUUGCUCGACGCCGAAGACGCCGGGUCUGGUGUCAGCGAUGACAUUACCUCUUCGUCGGAAUCCCGUACUGCCGAACCCGUCGAUGUGCAGACGGCAGCCGGUCAGGUAUCCCAUUCCGAUUCUGCGACAACCGACAAUAUGUUCGCAGUUGGUGCCGAGGAUACCAUUACUACCGAUAGGCAGACUGCAAUGCAGCCUGAAGCUCAUGACGAGAAGAUGGAGGAGACGUCAGCUAACCUCGAUGCUACGGAUUCGCCUGACACAGAUAACGCGGAGCAACCUGAAAUCGAUGCGUUGCUAGCUUUUCCUGCAUCUUUGACAUGUAUCCAGUCCUCAACAGAGGAGUCUACAUCCUCUUCAUCUUCGAGACAGAUUGCAGAGGUUGAUACUUCGGACGUACAUUUUUCCAACGGGCUCAAUGAUGAGAUAGGCGAGCGCGAACGGACAGAGGCUGCUUCGUCUGGGUUCGACGUCGGUGCCCGUCAUGCAACCAAUAUCAACGACAAAUCCUCACCAAAGGUCAAUGAGGUUCCAGGCAAUGAGGGUGGUGCAGGUUCGAUCGAGAGUAUCUGCUCCCAAGAUCCCGACCCUGUCGCUAGGCAGGAUUCACCUAGGUCCUCAUCUUCGUCUUCAUCCGAGACAGAUGAGGUCGUUGCCGUUACAUCCCAGCCGGCAAACGAAGCUGCUACGACGCAAGCUCCGUCAGUGGUGCCUGACGAGAAGCGUGUAAGCGAACAUACAAAGAGCAACACUACCCCUGAACAUCUGGAUACAUCUUCGUCAUCUCAGUUCACAUCGAUCGAACACGUUCCAUCUACCAUGCAGGAGACGAAUGAUAGUCAUGUCAAGCAAGACAAGCUUGCACCUACGUCCGACUUCAAUCAGCCUAAGAGGCAACUACCUCCGCAGGACGGCGUUGACCGCCAAGCAUCCUCCUCUCGCACGCGAGAGGUGGAUACACCUCAACCUGUUGAAAAUGCCAGCAGAGGAAGUGAUCCAGACGUUAAUCAGAACGCUCCAUCUUCGGAAACAGAGCCCCUCAACAAUCACCUUGUGGAUGAGCACCCAUCUCCCGAACCGGCUUCGACGUCGGACAGAGAUGAAAACAAUGUGAAUGUUACCGAUUCAGGUUCGGUCACCCCAACAUCCACACGCAACUCAACGACUGUUUCACAAGUGGAGGUCAAAACCGACGCCGCAGACAUUGAAGCACAAGGUGCAUUGGUGUCAGGCAGUGCAUCAAGUCCCGCAGACCUAGCGAAUCCAGGCAUAGAUGGGAUUGCUCAUGCUCAACGAACACAGGCAGCAUUAGUCGAGGGUACACCCGGAGAGCAUGAACUUGGUGAGAGCCAGGUCUCCACCCUCAACGACACGAGCAUUCAUGGCGCCAAAGAGGUUCAUUCUGUGAUGGCACCUAACCCAGGGGAUGACUUCAUUCACAUUACGCAGACCGACCUCCACGCGGCAGAAGACGAUGGCUUCGACGAGUUCGAAGAGACGAUGCCUUUGGCGUUCAUGCCUUUAUCGGCUGGAGAUGCAUGGACUAGUAUUGAGGCACAGGAAGGCCUUCUAAUCGAUUUCACUGACACAGAGGAUGAACCUGAACCAUCUACUCCGCCAGGUACAAGAGCAUGGAACGCCCUUCUUACAGAUAUUUUCUCCGCACCAACGCCAGCUCUUUCGUUGAUCGAGGAGUUGUCAUCAGACGAAGAGGAACUCGAGGUUGCUCCACUCACCCCGCGCGUAACGAUGAAUGGGUCGCUACAGUCAUAUGGGCUAGGCUUGGAGGUGAGCCCGCGGGAAUCCGAGGCGGUGGACUUCGCACCUCCUGCUGGAGAUGUGGAGUUCACUGCAACGACCUCUGAUCUGCCGACUGGAGGUCCUGCUGAGCACCAGCAUACUAGUGUUGGUGCCGAGCUGUCCUCCUUGUCGUCUCCGCAGGCUCCUUUAGCUCCCGUUUACCACCGUGACAAUACUACUCCCGUGGGUCUGUCCUCUCGACCACAGGAUGCUGCAAUUAUCAGUCCCUCCGGGAAGAAACAAAUGGUGGAUACUGAGAUGCAAACCGAUGACAUUCCUUUUGAAUCCCACCAUUUGCAGACCAUUGAGCGGCUGCAACGUCGCAUACAGGAACUGGAAGCACAGCUGCAGGCCGCUCAGGCCAUGGGUCGUCACGGGACGAUGUCGUCCGGUCCUUCUCUAUUUCGACGAACAUCGUCAUUCCCUUCACCUGCGUAAACCGCUACGGUGAGUAUACUUACUACAUGCAUUCUAGGUAUUGAUUACGGCUGUCCAGAUCCUAUGACGUCAGUGUUCAGAGCUUCUGAUUGAAUUUUGGUGCUCUCGCUGUGAAGUUUUCUUGCAUCGCUCUUGCUUUGUAUACUACAUUGGACAGGUUCCGAUAUAUAGGUUAUGUGUUAUUCGUUUGUACAGUACAGAUUCACAGGUAUUGGCGAGACAUGAAACAAUGCAUACAAACAAAUAUCACAAACAACA